GGUCAACGUUACGGUCCAAUAUAUUGCAGCACUGCACCCACUCAAGUUUCAACUACAUACGCAAUACCGAAAGCAAAACACCAUGUCAGGAUCUUCAGAGGCAGCUGGAGAUAGUGAUAUCUUCCAAAAACUUGACAGCUACGAUUGGGAGAAUGACAAGCAAUUCCAGGUAAGUUGACUUGAUUCGAAGUCAGCCUCGGUAGCUUAAGAGAGUAGGAGUGAAUCUGUUAGUAGAGUAGUUCUCUUCCUCACUUUCACUUUCAACUUCAUCCGAGCGUUCUCUAUAUCUUCCACCUUCUCCUUCCGUGAAUCAUCCAUCUCCUCUCUCCUCUUCUCCAACACCUACUAAACCUUCCACACAGGGCGGUCUCACUGCAAUCCUCGGACCAAAUCCUGCUCCCUCUCAAGUACAAGACCUCACAAUUCGAGCGCAGUGUUUCUACUUAGCCCGGAAGGAGAAGACUACUAUUGACUUCGAUUCCUACAAAACAUACUUAACCAACAAAUACCCUGAACGGUUCUCUCAAGCAUCAUUACCAACUUCACUUUCCACCUCCAACAUGAGUAUUCCAGCAAGAAACUCCUCGGCUUCGGCCUCUCAAAAUGAUACUUCCUCAUCUUCAACUCACGCAGUCAAUUCGCCCGAGACGCCUCAGACUGAAGAAACCACGACUUCCCACUCAACACACCCAGUCGAGCUUCCACCCGCCCUAGAGCAGUCUGCACCUUACCCACCCACUUUCGCCGAGAUUGUGGAGCUCAUCUCUUCCGGUACUCCUAUUCCAGGAAUUCGAGACAUCCCCUGCGUUCCCGCACCUCAUCUCGCUAGCAAGUCCUCGUUGCCUCGCCGAAGAAAGCCAUGGGAGACUGAUAUUCCGGAAGAGGUAAUUCUCAACGGUCCAGGCGAGGGAAUGUUUGGUGACCACCGAGACAACUACAUUGUGCAAGAGUAUCCUGAAGAGGAGACUCCUUCUGCUGCGACAACUUAACGAUAAUGGUCACGGACUUGGGACAGGGAACGUCUCUUCUUGUGGGCGAGUGUGUCAUCGAAAUCAUUUCGGACGACAAUCAUCUUCAUACGAUGAGGUGUCUUUCUUUGGGAACAUGACCAUGCAGCCAAAUUGGGGAAUUAUCUAUUAUGCAGGGGCUGCCUUUCUUUUACAUCAUUAUCAUCAUCAUAUACCACGGGGGAAGGUUGGCAUGGGGAGGUAUCAUUACACAAGCACAUCUUUUUACCCACAUGAUGUGAGCGACCACACAAAUAUCAAUAACCAACGGCGUUCACAGGUGUGUAAUAUUCUGGUUUGUACAUUGGGCGUUCAAGGAAGGCUUGUGAUGACAGGCGUUACUUUCAUGGGUGGAUUCCCUGCAAAAAAAUAUUGGGCGCGAUGAUAUUCUUAUUUUUCUUACAUAAUUAGUUCCAGCAUCUUUACCCUCUAC